CGGGGAAGUGUAUUAAUUUGGUAUCCUUCCUCAAACGCGGUUCAUUUCUAAAAAAAAAAAAAUCUUACGCUAGGUUGUCAGGUUUUUGGAAUUCGUAUAAUUCUUAAAUCCCUAGAAGGUGUUCCUGCACUUCAGUCAUUUGCACCUCAGAUCAGGGAAGGCAUAGGGCACAUCAGUUAAGGCUGACUCUAUCCAUCUAACAGAAGUUGAUAACCCCAGAGAAUGUAGCUCUUGUAGGGAGGGGAUACAAUUUCUCUGAUUCUUUCACAAGAGAGUUUUUUUGCUCUUCCUGUAGGACAUUGAGCCUGUAGGGAUGGCAAUGGGGCGGGGGUUCACUCCCUCAUCCCCGCCCCGUGUCUAAAAAAUCGCCCCCACCCCCGCCCCAUCCCCCACUAGUAUUCGACCCGCCCCAUCCCCGCCCCGACCCGCUAGACCUACGGGUAUCCAACGGGGAAGUACUCGUCAAAAAUUAACAUCAUUUUAGUAUUAUUUACUAUAGUACUAUACAAAUAUUUUCUUUAAAAGGAGAGUAGAAAACUUGGAAAUGAUAAGGUUGGAGUUUAAUUGUACUUCCUCCGUUCUUAAAUAAAUGCAACACUUUCUCUCUUCACCAUCUUCUUCAUUUAAUUUUGUUUUCUCAUAUUUGUACUUCAAUUACGGUUGAAAUGAAAGACGUGAACAGAGAUGGAACUGAUAUUUCUCCGGCUACUCCGCCACGAGUAUCUACUUCUGAUCUGGUGGUUCCGGAUACUAAAAAAAAUACUAAUGUCCUUGAUUUCUGCUGGUGCGGCUGCUUGAGGAAAAGGAACGAAAACAAAAUUCAUUGUUACGGCUAAGUGUAGAAAAGAAUUGAUGAUCUCCUGGCUGCUGGACUCUCUACGAACAGGAAGAAUAGCAUAAAAACUACUCCUACGGCUGCUUGUUUCUGAAAAGAAAAAAACGCUGGUUGCUUGCUUGGAGAAGAAAUUGAUAGACUCCACUGCUGCGGCUAAGUGUGAUCCUCAGAAUCAAUGAAGCUUCUUCCGUCUAAUUUUGCUUAUGGUGAAGAGGGUGCGGUCGAAGUUAGUGCCGAAGGACAGAGUUUACCUUGACCGAUGUGACUGUAGCACUUUAUGUGCUUUAUUGUUUUGUCCGUAUAGUGGAGGGCAAAAUAGGAAAGAUAAUUACUGUUCCUUUACUUCUUAAUAUCUGUGCCCAGCCUUAUGUUGCAUUAUUUUAAGAACAGAGGAAGUAUAAAAUAGUUAGACUGUUAUUUUCUGUACUAACUUUAAUCGAAUCAUAAACUUCUCUAAUUUGUAUACCCAAACCUCCACAUUUCUAGUUGCAUCAUCAAUGACGAAACAUGGUUCCCCUGAUUUGGAUAAGAGAAAAUUUAGCAAGCUAUUCGAUGCAAUGGAGUGCAUGGUGCGAACGCAGCAUGCGCAGCUCGAUUACCUUCUUCAAGAACGAAAAAUUCUUCAAGACAUGAUCGCAUUAGAAAAUGAACGAUGGGUUUCUGACGUUAAACUUUUGCAAGGUGAAAUUGAUCAGAUCAGGACUGAAUUGUCAUCCAGUGAGGUGGGGAGUGUGGCUGAGGCUGCAUAAUGGGAAGUGAUCGUAGGAAUAAAAGAGCUAGAUCUCCUUUUACUUAAAGAUAAAUAUGACAUUGAGAUUUCAAAGCUGGUGGCUGAAAAGAGCUCUGCCGGGAACCAAAAUCACAAACUUGAAAAUGAAACAAUAAAACAAUUGAGACAAAAAGGUACGGAGGUUGAUAUAGCGAACAAGAAGAUGGUGUUGGGAAUAACAGGAUCGUGCUAAUAUGAGAGAAAAACACUUCUAUUACUUUCAAGAAUAGAAAGAAGAGACAUACAAGCUCUAACUAAAAACUCUCAAAACACCUCACAUAUCUCUCAAGGAUAUUCACAACUCAAACUUGGUUGUGGUAUUCUAAUCUAUGAUCUAAAUUGCUUGAUGAUAGAAAGACUCUCCAAGCUCUCUAUUUAUAGCACCAAAACUAGGUACUAGGAAGGUGGGAGGAAGAUGGGUGGAAGCUUAGGAGAAGCUUCAAUGGAGGUGUGAGGAAGGUGGUUGUUUGGUGUGAGGAAACUUCCCAGAGACAUACUUGCACAUGGAGGAAGUUUCAUGGAUGUUACUCACAAUUGAAUUCUUCAGAUGGAGUCACUUGUGAAAAAGAUAAGGAAUUACGAGCGUCCAACUCAGAUUUGAAGAAUCGAAUUUCAAAAAUGGAAGCCGUAUCUACUAAGCAAAAUGGUGAAAUUUGUAGGCUUUCCGGUGAAUUACAAUCAUUGAAGAAGGAAAACAAUGACCAUGCAACGCCUAGGAUGGAUCCACCAGUCCCUGUGAAGAGAACUGGGAACUCAAAGAGGAAGGUAACGGAUGACACUUCAGAACUCAAAUGCUACGCAACUAGGUCCAGGACCAUGAGAAGUAGGACCACCGAUGGAAUGAGUGGGAAGGGUGCAAUAGCUAUGACCAUUUCAGUGAAGAACUCACCUGGUUCAUUGGGAAAAAACACAGCCCCUGUGAAGAUAAAUGAACACUCGAGAAAGCGAAUGGAUGACACUCCAGCUAUGACCGUUCUACCAGUUCCAUUGAAAAGCUCACCAGCGUCAGUCAAGAGAAAUGAGAACUCGAAGAGAAAUCAAACGGAUGACUCCCCAAGACUGUUUACAUCUUCAUUCCAAAUACCCAAGUUGAGGAUCUCUUCAGCUCAGGUUGGAUAACAAGUUGACAUGAUCACUUUUGCCUCUUCCGUAUCAGUAUGAAAAACUGUAGAAAUUGAUGGGCAUGUAUCUCUGUGCCUUGCAUAGUUUUAGCUUGUAUGUGGUAGGGAAUUAGAGAUUCAGAACACAUUGCAAUAUGGAAAU